CCCUUAUAUUACAUUGCUUCUACUUAAAGCUACGCAACUCAAGUGUUUGGACUCAAAGUGAAUAAAAAAUGGCGUCGUUAAAGUUAUCGGAACUUCUCACAAAUUCCGACGGAAUUGCGAUCGUCGACGGCGGACUUGCGACGGAACUUGAGCGUCAUGGCGCCGAUCUCAACGAUCCUCUUUGGAGCGCCAAAUGUCUCCUCACUUCUCCUCACCUCGUUCGUCAGGUUCACCUUGACUACCUUGAAGCUGGUGCUGAUAUCAUUAUAUCUGCAUCAUAUCAGGCGACCAUCCAAGGAUUUAGAGCCAAAGGGUUAUCACAAGAAGAGAGUGAAGCUUUGCUUAGGAAAAGUGUUGAUAUUGCCUGUGAGGCACGUGACUUAUAUUAUGAAGAAUGUUCUAGAACUUCAGUGGAGGAUAGAGAUGAUAACAAGAUCCUAAAAUAUAGGCCCAUCUUGGUUGCAGCAUCAGUUGGAAGUUAUGGUGCUUAUUUGGCUGAUGGUUCUGAGUAUAGUGGGAACUAUGGUAAUACAGCGAAUCUGGACUACUUAAAAGACUUUCAUCGGAGACGAGUUCAGGUUUUGGCUGAGUCAGGUGCCGACCUAAUAGCAUUUGAAACAAUUCCAAACAAAUUAGAAGCACAGGCUUAUGCAGAACUCCUUGAUGAGGAAAAUAUAAAUGUUCCAGCAUGGUUUACUUUCAAUUCGAAGGAUGGUGAGAAUGUGGUGAGUGGUGAUUCCUUGCUUGAGUGUGCAUCAAUUGCUGAGGCGAGCAAGAAGGUUGUUGCUGUUGGCAUUAAUUGUACCCCUCCUAGGUUUAUUCAAGGACUGAUUUUGUCAAUGAAAAAGGUGACAACCAAGCCAAUUAUUAUAUAUCCAAACAGUGGUGAAACCUAUGAUCCCAUCAUAAAGGAGUGGGUGCAAAAUACAGGGGUUCAGGAUGAAGAUUUCAUUUCUUUUGUGAAUAAUUGGUGGAAGGCAGGGGCGUCUCUAUUUGGCGGUUGCUGUAGAACUACUCCAAAGACUAUUAGUGGCAUUUACAGGACUUUAGCGAAGCGCUCAGUGCCUCCAGGUUAACACUUAGUGAUACUCUCGAGUUGUAAAAGACUAAUGCUAGACGUAGAGCUUGGGGAUUCCUUUUUCUCUGAGGCUCCGCUAAGCUCUUUUUUUUUUUUUUUUGCUGUAAGUCCCCUUCAUAUCUUCUGUAUACUUAAAUGCAGGGGGUUUCUGCGCAAAGACAAUUUGCAUACUGACAGUAAGUGAUAUUGUGAAUAGCUCCAACAUAAUGACUUUUA